AAAUGGUCCACCUUGGUCUAAAGUAUGAACAAGUGAAAUUGUAACCAGUAUGAUAUUUAAAACAAUGCAAUCUUCUAGUCUUUUGACUGCAAUGUCAAAGUUUCAAGUAUCCCAUAUCAAUGUAUACUUACAAACAUUGUCAAUAGCCUCAUUCAACCACAACUGUUUUGGUAACACAUCAUUUUAACUACAUUAUAACUCACGGGCUGUAAAAGCGUCACCUCAUUUUCCAGUUCUGACAAACAUAAAUUAGGAAUAUGGAGGACAGAUGCCUGCAUUUAGUCAUGUGAUGCCAACGGAAAGGUCUGUGGGAAAAAGCUUGAUUGUUUUGCAGCAAAGCAGACAAGCAUAUGUGUGUAUGUUUCAGAGAAUGUAACCAUUAAAACAACAGUCUCAUAGUAAAUUGUAAUGGGUCCACCAUACUGGUGCGGAACUAUGCUGUACUCAAUAUGUGUGCAAUUCUUUCUACAGGAGACAUUAGAAAAACACCAUGAGUGUCUUAAGAAGCAAAGAGAUGCAGUGAAAUACAGACUGAAGAAACUGGCAACACGGCAAACAGAAAUCACUAAAAAGUCCUCAGUGAUAAAGGAGAGCGUCAUAAGGAAAUAUCAAGAGAUCCGAGCCAUACUGGACGAGGAUCUGCGGACGACUCUGUCCCACCUGGAGAUGGAGGAGCGGGCCACGGUGUCUGCUCUGGAUGGAAUGAUGGAGAAGAACUGUUCUCUAAUCCAGGAUAUAGAGCAGGACAUGGCCCGACUCACUGUGGUACUAGACCAGGCUGACAAGGACACGGAUGCAAUGUCUUUCUUUCAAUACCCUGAGCAUCACGACAUGGAGGCAGUUGAUAGAGUCAUGGAUGUACUAAGCAGGACAGACCCAAGCAGUGUGAGCCUGGACGAGGCUAAAGCUGAACAGAUCCUGAGCCUCACCAACAACAUGCUUCUGCUUAUCUGCUCCCAGACACCCAUAAUGAAGACACUCAUCAAGAGUUGUCAGUUCACAUGUUGGUUUUGUAGUGAUUAUUACUGGACCUUCUCAGGAAUGGUAUAUAUUCUAUAUAAAAAUGUUGAAUAUGUGUUUCUAGAUUCCAGUGAGGUGUGUCUGGAUCCAGAGACUGCCCACCCAAAGCUGGUCAUCUCCCACCGAGGUGACAGCGCCACCUACACUGACACUUGGCAACAACUUCAGGACCUCCCUGGACGCUUUGACACCACCCUCAAUGUCAUCAGUUUGCAAGCGUUCAAACUUGGCCGCCAUUAUUGGGAGAUUGAUGUGACUGGAAAAACAUACUGGGAGCUGGGAGUCACCUACACCACCAUCCCCCGCAAGGGUACGACUGAGGACUGCUGGCUAGGCCGAGGGGAUGACUCUUGGUGUGUGGAGUUCUUCGAUGGGGAAUAUACAGCCUGGCAUGGACGGGUGCCCCAUCAGCUGCCUUUCACGAAACGUUUCUCUCGGAUUGGUAUCCUGUGUAGUUUCCCUGCAGGAUUGCUGACAUUUCUUGAGGCAGACAAAAUGGCGCCGCUGUUUUCUUUCUGUGCAGGAACCUUCACAGAUUGCCUCCACCUGGCCCUCUGCCCUGGUCAUGACCACAGUGGCACCAAUGCAAGGUCUAUUGUUAUCUGUAAUGCUGCAUCUCCAACCAGUGAUCUUUGAUCAGUAGCUACAUGGAAAAGCUCUGAGUAAUUAUCUGAAAAUGAACCAAUUGUUUAGGUGUAUACUACAAUAUCUAACUUCGGGCUUCUGUUGUUAUUAGUUUAACUAAGACUUUAAGAGUUUAAAGUCACCAGUAGAGAGAGCCAGUGAAAAGACAGCAGUGUUUCCAUAAAUUACUGGCUCGGAAAGGUCAAGAUGACAAGAACCAAAAUCCACAACAUGGCAGCCACUCCAUGCUGGCACAGGCUUCUAUCUGAUGAAUGCUAAAUGCUUGGAGCGAGAGAAGAUGUUGACCUACAGUAAUGACCUUUUACUUCUUGCCGGGUGGAAUCAGGACCCAGGCCCACAUGCAAUCUGUGAUCUAACGUAUCACACAGCUGGGCUUUGGGGAAGAUUGCUCUGCACUUGGGUUCGCUGAUGCAGUAUCUGGUGCUGCACGUGGUGGCUCAUGUCACGGGUGGGCGUUGUGUCAGCAACUCACCCAGUUGUGCACCUGGGACUGCAUCCUACUCACUGUUAGCAGAUAGGGCCUGAGCCAAACUGAAAUGUCAGAGUUCAAAUACGGCUUCAUUUUGUCCAGUGGAAGGAAGUGGAGCCGUGUUGUCCAUAAACAGUCGUUGGUACCAUAUUAGAAAGUGGUUCUUUUACUCCUUGUUGAAAUUACUGAAUGUAAGGAUUCUAAUUACAGAGAGACACGAUAUAAUAACAAAUGUAGUCACAUUUAUAUUGUUUAUAAUCAAAGUUAUACAAGGUCAUUUCAGAUAAAUAUAUAGAAUUAUGAGCAGGCACAUGCAGUCCCAUUAAUUUAUACUGAGAUGCUCCCAGUGUGCAUUUGUGGAUCCAAAGUCUACAUUCAAACAAAUAACAGACUCUUUGCAAAUAUGCUCUCUGAGCUUUUGGGUUGAAGCUGAGUGCAUUCUAAGCCCAUUUGAUCAAAAUGAGUUUGACGUCAUUUAAAUAUAAUUGAAAUUCCACAGACGAAAUAGAGAACAAUGUUGAUGCUGUGUUCAUUAAGCGUUUAUGAGUGAUUUUCUGCACAUUAUUCCUGGAAAAUGAUUACUUAAGACCGCAGCUAAA